AUGUCCCUGCGGGCCGCUUCGGUCAUCUAUGAAAGCGACACGGCGAGCGAUGAGCGAUCCACCAUCCACACAGCCAACGUCAAAAUCCGCGCCAAAUUCCAAAUCGCGCGCCUGCCACCCAAAUCCUCCCACCACUCAUCAUCCCUCCGUCUCUCUCCCAAACUCGUCCUGCAAAUCCAACAACUCCUCCCCAAUCACCGACCCAUCCCCGUCCUCGAAAUCUGGCAACCUUCUCUCCGCAGAUCCAAAUUGACCCGCGACUUUGUCCAGCGGCCCAAGCUCCGAUCGGGCGAUCUCUACGCCACGCUCGACGAGCCGUAUGUCGCUAGCGCAGCGCACGGCUCGCCCUCGAGACCCGGUUCGAGAGACCAUACAGAGGACGCUCAUAAUGAGAGCGCCAGAAAUGAGGCGGUAGCGGCGCUGUGCCAGAAUCAGAAUCAGCCUCAGAAUCAGAAUCAGCAGACAAAUACAACUACAACUACAAAUGGUGGCAAUCCGGCCAAGUCCGGGUUGAUUUACUUCCGCGAUACGCAAUGCGGCUGGCAGGCUAGCGUGGGCACGACGGGGCCGGAGAAGAAGAUAUGCUAUCGAUUCACGAUCAAUGACGAGACCCGAGAGCCAAGUACCGGUCCCGGACAGAUCUUCCUACAGUGGGAAAAACGACCACUGACGGGGAAAAGCGCGGUGUCAGGCAAUCGCCCGGCUACGGCGACGGGGUCGGCGUCGGCGUCGGCGUCGGACUCGGAGCAUUUUAAUUCCAUCUUGGACUGUGUGCAGAGCUGUCGGGAUCUGCUUCGGCCAGUAUCGGGCACGGGGACUGAGCAACAUGGUGUCCAUGCGAGUCUGGAGAACUGGCUUUGUACGCAGGUUCUUACGUUGGGGGUUUGGGUUGCGCAGCAGGAAGGCUGGCUGGGAUUAUGA